AUCCAGCCAAAACAAAGCGUGCGGUGACCGGCUGCACGGAAGUGCUCUCGGCUCCGUGACGACCGACACUACUGUAUGAUAUAUGAUACCUGCUGACCAUUUAAAACCCAAUUACCUCUGAUUGUUGUGUUUAACCUUUAUUAAGAGUAUUUUUAUUUGAUCACCAUAUUGUUUUUCUUAUCACUCAAACGAAACGAAGGAUAGCUAGCCAGCUUGUUAGCUAGCUAAAAGCAAGCAGCCAUGCCGUCCUACUCUGACGUGCGGAAAACCAACCACUUCUACUACUUUAUCAAAUUUACACUAAAUAUCUACUCAAUGGUCUUCUCGCUCAUGGGCCUGUGUGUACUAUGUGUGGGAGUAUAUGCAGAAGUGGAAAGGCAGAAGAAUCGGACUCUGGAGGGUAUUUUCCUGGCACCUGCCGUUGUGCUCAUCCUGCUGGGCCUGGUGAUGUUUACUGUGUCUGUGGUGGGGAUGGUUGGAUCCCUCAGAGACAACAAGACCCUGCUGCACAUGUUCCUCUGUGUUCUGUGUGUGUUACUUCUCCUACAGACCGUUGCUCUGACCGCUGCGCUCAUCUUUGAAAAGAAGACAUCGACUUUGUUUCAAAGCACUAUACGAGAAGGAAUUAAGCACUACUACGAUGAUCUUGACUUCAAAAACAUCCUGGACUAUGUACAACAAAAGUUUUCUUGCUGUGGAGGAGAUGAAUAUAAAGACUGGGGAGUCAAUCAGUACCACUUCUGCAAUGGGACUGGUCCGCUAGCCUGUGGGGUUCCAUAUACCUGUUGUGUGCGCAAGGGUAGAGAAGUCAUCAAUACACUUUGUGGCUACAACACUCUGAAUCAACAGCGUGAAACUCUGCAUGAUGAUAUUUAUGUGCGAGGCUGCAUCCAUGCAGUUAACCUUUGGAUGAGUGACAACAUUGGAAUAACCGUUGCAGUCUGCUGCGCCAUUGGACUGCCACAGCUGCUGGGCAUCAUCCUGAGCUGUGUCUUCUGGAACCUGCUGGUGGACAUGAGCGAGUCGGCUGACAUGGUGGACUUCAAGCUGAAGAAGUCAGAAUUUGAUUACAGCGAUCUGGACCUGGCCGGUGCCGGCUGGUGUCUGUGUCUGCCAAGGGACGGCGGCUACCUGCCAGUCCCCGAGUCGGAGCCCGAGCGGGACCCGAUCGACGUUCAUCUGGAGAAGCUGAAGAAGCAGCCGCCGCGCACUCACUCUCAGCUCAGAGAACUGCAGCAGUCGAGGUCGGCCAGCGGCCUGGACGAGGUCGAUGCCGGCCGAAAGCAGAAAAGGGAACACUAAGCGAUUUUCUUCACCCUGUUUCGCCUUUUAGGUAUUUGCCUUUUUGAUUUGUCAUUGUAAUGAUUUGUUUUUGUUGUGUUGCACUACUUCAUGGUCCUGGCUCAUCGGGCGAGGAGACGGUUGGCCAUCUAAAGGGAGUCGGACGUACUUUGGCACUUUUAAUUUCUUUCCACCAAAAUUUUAGAAGAGAAGAUGCAUCUUUCACAUUUUUUGUGUUGUUUAUAAACUUCUUUUGAUUUUUAGCCUUGACUGAGCUGCGUCUCAUGUGCUAAAGCUUACCUCAGGCUGUUUGAAGAACAGCCCAGUGGUCGGACGGUACCUUUUGUUGUGUAAAUCAGUGGUUACUCUGUGUGGGAACUAGGCCUAGCCAAGUAAGUCUUGAGUGUAGCGUCUGUGACGAAUUUAUACAGUUUAUGUAAAGUUUCUUUUGUUGAUUUUAAUUAAAUUUUGUGCAAUUAUUGUACAUUCUAAGAGUGACAGUUGUGAAAUAACCUGGGAUGCAUGUUUUGUACCGUUUAUGAAGUCAUUUUAAAGAAGCCCAGCCUCCUCCAGGCUUUCUCGUUUUAAAAAACCUUUUAAUUAUUAUUUUUACUGAAGACAUUAUCCACGCGAGCAACUGAUCAAAGACCGUUUUUGUAUGAGUUACAUUGUUUUGAGCUAUUCCCUAGCUCUUGCCUUGUGUCUGCCCAAGUGUUCUCAUCAAUAAAGCCGAGUUUGUCUACAGCUUA